AUGGGAAAUGGAGCAAGUGUACAACCUUCAAAGACUGAACAGGAUAUGCAAAGACGAAUGACUCUAAUCGAAAGCCAGAAUUCUCUUAGCGGUAUCCCUGUCGUUGAAGAAUGCCAGUCUUUAUCCCAAAAAGAUUUGGAAGCCAUGAAGAUUGACCCCAAGGAUUAUAACUUUUCUUUUGAAAACUUGGUUUUUGAGGGCGGUGGAAGUAAGGGUGCCGCUUACGUGGGGGCUUUAAGGUAUAUGGAAGAAAUUGGAAUGUUGAAGAAAAUCAAGAGGUUUGCCGGAAGUAGUUCAGGGGCAAUGUGCUCCUGCUAUCUCGCCGUGGGGUAUGGAACCGAAGAGAUCUCCAACCUCAUGGAACCAAAAUACGUCUCAUCAGUAACAAAUUGUAAAUUAUUUUGUCAAUUCCUUUUGUCGCUAUCACUUCUUCUCAAAUAA